UUGCUAGAGCUCAGUCUCAAAAGAUAUCAUGAUAACUCUCGAUGCUCGCAACUUUCUUCCACCGCUGGGCAAGAAUCUGCAAAUCCAGCACCAGCAGCCACAGCGCAAGCUCAAGCCGACGACGACGAGAAGAAAAUUGGCCAUUUUGUCGACGAUUGGAGUGCCAGCCACUUUGCUUUUCGGCUUGACGAGUGUGGCUCGGUGCGAGCAAGUGAGGCUGGAAGACGUUGACAAUCCAAAGUUGCGGGAGGCGAUUCGAGCAGCUGUAAGUGGUGACUUUGAUUAUGCCGAGGCCCUCUUCUCGGAGCUUCUAUCCGAGGAUGAUACAAAUGCUAGCGUGUGGUCCAACCGUGGAAACGUGAGAGUGUCACUCAAGAAGUACCAGCAAGCGCUAGAAGAUUACACGAAAGCAGUAAUUCUUGCGCCUGGAGCACCAGUUCCGCUGCUCAAUCGAGCCAUUGCGAACGAGGCGCUAGGAAACUAUGGCGAUGCCAUUGCUGACUGUGAAGCAGCCAUUAAAAUCGAUCCUCGGGAGUAUGCAGCGUGGUAUAACCUGGGAAACGUGGAUGUUCGUGUCAAAAACUAUGCUGCUGCUGCAAGUGCUUACGAGAGAGCUGCCACUUUAGCUCCUGGAAUCGCAGGAUACCGAUUCAAGCAAGCACUAGUUCUCUUCCAGCUAGAUCAAGUCCAAGCAGCAAAGAAAUUGCUGCAAGGCCUCGUGAGGAAGUAUCCCAACUAUGCCGAAGCUCAUGCAGCAUUAGCAGCUCUUCUCUGGAAAGAAGGCAACCGAAGCCAGGCAGAAGACCAGUUCAAUCAAGCCGGCGUGCAAAAUCCAAAUUUCAGCGAUGCAAGGUGGAUAAGCUCGAGCUUGGAAUGGCCUCCUGCCGUGGUUGACGCAAUGGACAAGUUCCUGGAGAUCAAUAUCAACAGAGCAAGAGCAACUUGGAGCGGAGGUGGAGCUUGUGGAGUCGAUGGAGUCGAUGAAGGUGAUGGCGAUGAAGGGCAAUAAUCAACAGGAGGGCUCGGUAGUUGACAUCGCUUGCUCAUUACUUUCGGAAUUGUACAUGGGAGAGACCGUGUAGGAUCUGUGAUAAAUCAUUGAUCACGUAUAAGAAACUAAAGCUUCUAAACAAAUAUUUUUUUGUGA